AUGGGCAUUCUCCCCCUCCUCUCAACUCUAUCCCUCCUCCCCCUCUCCCUCUCAUCCACCAUCCCACACAAACCCGCCCCCGAAUAUCCAUACGCAGGCUACCUCCUCUCCACAUUCACAGACGCAAACCCCGCGGUCUACUGGUACCUCUCGUCCGCAGAAAACCCGCUCGCCUUCAAACCGCUUAACGCGGGCAACCCCGUCCUCACCUCGACGGUCGGCACCAAAGGGAACAGGGAUAUCUUCCUGACGGCGAAUGAGGAGAGGAGCGAGUACUUCGUUAUCACCACUGACCUCGACAUCAACGCGCCCGGCUUCUCCUGGGACGAGGCAACACGCCGUGGAAGUAGGGGGUUGGUGAUCUGGCGCUCGAGCAAUCUAAUCGACUGGGACGAGCCGUAUCUAGCAACGAUCGAAUCCCCCCAAGCAGGCAUGGCCUGGGCGCCCUCCGUCAUCUACAACGCCACAGAAGAGGAAUACUACCUCUUCUGGGCGUCGCGGCUGUACUCGCCCUCCGACACAAACCACACCGGGCCCGCAAACCUCGACCGAAUCCGGUACGCCACGACGCCCGAUUUCAUUUCCUUCAGCGAGCCCGCGGACUACGUUGCCCUGGAUGACGAGAACAUCCCGCUCAUCGACCAGGAGUUCCUGUAUCUGGGGCAAGAGGGACAUUACGCGCGGUUCCUGAAGGAUGAGAAUGUGCUGCAUGUUUACCAGGAGACGACGACGACGGGGUUAUUCGGGGAUUGGACGAGGACGCAAGAUGGGGGCGAGUAUAUACGGGCCAGUGUGUAUGAGGGGCCUGCUGCGUUUCCGGAUGUGCGUGCUGAUGGAAGGUAUUAUUUGCUUAUGGAUAAUUAUGUGGAGUAUGUGCCGUUUGUUUCGGAGGAUGUGGAGGAGGGAGAGUGGGCGGAGUUGGGGUUUAAUGCGACCGGGUUGCCGAGGGGGUUGAAGCAUGGGAAUGUGUUUCUUUUGACGGGGAGGGAGUAUGAGGCUGUUUUGAAACGGUUUGGGUGA